AUGGCUGAAGAAACUACUCAAAAAUUGGAAGCUCUGACUGUUCAAGGAACCACUUCUGAAGAAUUAAUUCUUGGACCUGAUGGCCAGCCUUUGUCGAAAAAGGCUUUAAAGAAGCUAGAGAAGGAAAAAGAGAAGGAGAGAAAGAAAGCGGAAAAAGCUGCACAGUUGGCCAAGGAGCAAACCGAAAAGGCUGCUCUUGAUGCUGCAAACGACACCGCUAAGGAAAACUACGGUCGAUUGCCUUUAAAUCAAUCUACUACGAAGCCCGGCAUUAAACGCAUUGAAAUAGGGUCUCUAACUGCUGCUGACGAUGGUAAAGAGGUUGUGUUCAGAGCUAGAAUCUACAACACCAGAAAACAAGGUACCACAAUGGUGUUUUUGUCUUUACGACAGAGAACUGAAUUGAUUCAAGCUGUCUUGAAAGCAAAUGGAGACUCCGUAUCUAAACAAAUGGUGAAAUGGGCUAGUGCCAUCAGCUUGGAAAGUAUUGUAACUGUCCAUGGUACCAUAUCCAAAGUGGUCGAACCAGUUAAAUCUGCUACUAUCCAAGAAUUUGAGGUAUUAAUCAACAAAAUAUAUACUAUUUCUGAGACUCCUGAGCGAUUGCCACUUUUGGUGGAAGAUGCUUCGAGAUCUGAUGCGGAAGCCGAACGAUCUGGAUUGCCAAUAGUCAAUUUGGACACGAGACUUGACGCAAGAGUUAUUGAUCUGAGAACCAUUACCAAUCAAGCCAUUUUCACCAUCCAAUCUGGUGUAUGUUUACUGUUCAGGGAGUUUUUGACGAAGAAAAAAUUCACUGAGGUUCAUACUCCAAAAUUAUUGGGUGCUCCAUCUGAAGGUGGAUCUAAUGUAUUUGAAGUGACUUACUUUAAAGGUAAGGCAUUUCUUGCUCAAUCUCCACAAUUGUACAAGCAGCAGCUAAUUGCUGCUGACUUUGAAAGAGUGUUUGAAGUUGCUCCAGUUUUCAGAGCUGAAAACUCAAACACUCAUCGUCACAUGACCGAGUUCACUGGUUUAGACUUGGAAAUGACAUUCGAAGAGCAUUACGAUGAGGUGAUUGAUUUGUUAUCUGAGCUUUUUGUUUUUAUCUUUUCUGAAUUGAAGACCAGAUACGCCAAGGAGAUUGCGAUUGUUAGAAAACAGUACCCAGUCGAAGAGUUUAAGCUUCCAAAAGAUGGAAAGAUGGUAAGAAUCCCUUUUAAAGAAGGGAUCAAGCUAUUAAGAGAGAAUGGUAAGGAAGUUGAUGAUUUUGAAGACUUGAGUACGGAGAACGAGAAGUUUUUGGGUAAACUUGUUAGGGAAAAGUACGACACAGAUUUUUACAUUUUAGACAAGUUUCCGUUGGCUGUCAGACCUUUCUAUACAAUGCCUGAUCACGAAGACCCCCGAUACUCUAACUCAUAUGAUUUCUUUAUGAGAGGAGAGGAGAUUCUUUCCGGAGCUCAACGUAUCCAUGAUAGUGAAUUUUUGAAGGAACGAAUGUCAGUUCAUGGACUCGAUUCCAACUCUCCUGGCUUGGAAGAUUAUGUCCAGGCUUUUGAUUAUGGAUGUGCCCCUCACGGUGGAGGUGGUAUUGGUUUAGAGCGUGUCGUGAUGUUUUACUUGGACCUGAAGAAUAUAAGGCGUGCAUCUCUAUUCCCUAGGGAUCCAAAACGUCUCCGCCCAUAG